GGAAGUCAUUAGGCUGUACAGCUACUUAUUAUUAUUUUCUUUUAAAUAGGUCUGUUUUUUUUUUUUAUCGUAUCAGACCACCGCUGCGUGUCCGUGACGACUGUUCUGUUCGUGGACAGGAAAAGCUUUAAAACGCGUUUCAGGUUGUUCGGAGAUUAUAGCAAAAAAUAAAUAAAAACAGGACACAUCUGGCUCUUCCUGAAACUAGUUUAACUCUGCUGUUGUUCUCUUACAAUCACAUUGGCAGCGUAUGGAGUUGUUAAACCAAACAAAUGUACGUUUUAGUUAAGAACAUUAAAAUGAAUAAACUAGGAUAAUGUGGGAGGCGCACAGAGGGAUCCAUGUUGACCAAUCAGAGCUGCUGUGCAAAGAGGGCUGUGGUUACUAUGGUAACCCAGCAUGGCAGGGGUACUGCUCCAAAUGCUGGCGGAAGAGGAACAGGAGUCAACCUGACCAGAAGAGAGACACUGGGCCUUGUCCCAGUGUGGAAGGGGGGAAGCCCCUGACCUUCUCCAAGUUUGAGGAGAAGAAGAGCAGUGAGAUGAGCCGGCGUGUCAACACCAUGAAGAGACUCUUCGGGGGCUCCAGAACUCCCCCCAAGAGAGGGAGCGAACCGGCUGACACCCAGUCAGUCACCUCAUCAGCACCUCAGAAAUCACAACCCGUGGACUUCACUGAAUUUCUGAAGUCCCUGCGUAAACCCUCCACCCAGGUCCUACACCGCCGCUGCACAGCCUUCCUCAGCAGCCUGGAGUCACAGCGGUACCUUCCAGUACAGAAGCAGUCAGACCUGGUCCAGGAUUUCUACCAGAGCAUCGCAGGACACUUUCACAGCUUCCCAGAGGAGCAGAGUGCCCCGAUGAUGGAGCACAUCGAGAAGCUGAUCAUGACGCGGCUGUACAAGUGGGUGUUCUGUCCAGACAGCUCGGACGAUGAGCACAGAGACCUGACCCUGCAGAGGAGGAUACGAGCACUCCACUGGGUCACCCCACAGAUGCUUCGCGUCCCAGUUGGCGAGGGUCGCUCUGAGGUCAAUGACCACUUCCUCUCAGCCAUCACAGCAAUAAUCGGGAUGGACGCUAAGCGUGCCCCUCAGGAUAAGCUCUCCUGUGUGUUCAAGUGCAGCCAGAGUAUCUUCACUGCCCUGGCCUCCUCCAACCCUGAGCCGGCCAACGCAGACGACUUCCUAUCGGGGCUGAUCCACGUGGUGCUGAAGGCCAACCCUCCCCGCCUACACUCCAACAUGCAGUACAUCAUCCGCUUCGGUCUGCCGCAUAGCCUCAUGGCUGGGGAAUCCGGAUACUACUUCACCAACCUGUGCUGCGCUGUCACCUUCAUUGAGAAGCUGAACGGGCCGUCUCUGAACCUGACCCCGGAGCAGUUUGAGGGGUACAUGCAGGGCAGGAAGCCGGAGGAGCGGGAGAGCCCGGUGUCGGAGCCAGAGUCGGAGGGUCUGCGGCUGGCUAAGAAGAACCGGGAGCUGCUGGGGGAGAUUGAGAAGCGACAGGAGCGGGUGGCACUGGGGAUGCGAGAGAUGGAGGAGGAGCUGGGAAAGUGGGUGCAGUCUGUGCAUGCUCAGGUGCAGGAGAUCAAGGCAAAGGCUCCUCUGGAUGUUAUCAGCACAAAGAGUUAGCACCCUGAAAGAGAGUAGCUUCAAAUGUCAUUUGAAUUGCUUUCUGUACAUUCCCCUUGCUGUUUGAUGAUUGCAGUCAUUGAGUGUGGUUCUGGGUUCUGCUGCUCUGUUACCUGGCUUUGACUCACUUUCGGUGUUUAUAAAUGUAGAGUAGUUGGGGCUGACAGAGCUCAGUGGUCACGUCACAUAGUUUGAAUUGAAUUAGUGAGGCUGUUCAGUUACAACAUUUAUGAUUAUCAAGAGAACCUCAAAACCAGCUCAAAGAUCUUAAAUACAUAUUGGAGAAGCAGAGCUGUUCAUAAUGACUGCAAGCACUGUAAAAUAGUAAGGAACGUGUAAUAGAAAAAAAAAACACAAUUGUAUAUGAAGCUACUUGCUCUUUAAGCAUAUUGUUUUAGGGAUGUGGAAAAAAAUAAUAAUGUCCUCUAAAUGUCUGUUGAUAAUUAUGGCUCAUAACCAAAUCCAGUUUCGCCUUUCAUGUGGGUCAUUGUGCAGCUAACAUUCCUAGGACCUUAAACUGGAGGACACAUUUGUUUUUUGCUUCACAUCCCUAAUUCAUUCUGAAUGAAGGAUAUAUUUGUCAUACAAAAUAGUUUACAUACAGACAAACUGCUAAAUUGAGACAUUGUCCAAUUACUCAACAGCAAUCGCUAGCUGUCAAAUAAAUAUAAGACAUAUCAAGCAACAGUCUAUAUACCGUAAGCCUUUCUACCGCAUUUGUAAAUGUAGAACAGUCUGACAAAGUAAAAUAUAAAGUAAUAUAAAUCGGCUUGAUUAAUGUAUUGUAGUGUUAUUUUUGCAUAUCGGUUUCCUUGAGAUUUCAUGAGAUGGCAAAUCUACCGUUUAACAAAAAAUAGAUUUAAAUCAUGGUUUUAUGUUUUUUUUGGUUUUUUUUAAUCUUUUACCUUGUAGUUUUUUUAUGAAUUCUUUCUGAAUUCCAAUAUUGAGUUUUUGCCAAGUUUUCCCUAGUUGUCUUUCAACUAAAUGUGUCUUUUGAUUUCAUCAUUCUAGAAAGCCAUGCAACAAUGAGACCCCUGCAGGCUCAGCAGUUGAAAAAAACAAAAAAAAAAAACUCAAUACAAAUUGUAAACAUCAUAAAAAGGUAGGAGAAAGAUUAAAAAAAAAAUAAAAUAAACACAAAAUGUUUUUUUAUCUGUUUGGCCAAGGGUACUGUCCAAGGGAAAUAUUCUACUUAACCUUGCUGUUUGGCCAAGCUUACUCGUUUUGGUGUUUUAAACAGAUAUGGAGGAGAAACUGAGCAAAACAUUCAGAAAUACUCACUUGACCCGACAGCGGUACCUGAAAUUUUAUGAAAAUCUCAAGAGGAAAAGACACAGUAGGGGUCACGGUUCGUGAAUGUAUAGAUAGAUCUUUAAGACUUUUUCUGUAAUAUGUAUUCAUUCAAAUUUAUAUUUAUUUGAUCUUUCUUGGGUAUGUCUAAAAUAGCUUUAUCACACAUUUUUGCCGUGACGUAGGUACAAAUGUACAGUGUAUUGACCAAAAACGGGACGAUUAGUAAGUCUGUGAGAUAUGAGAGGUUAGGACUGUUUACUGAUAAAUAUUCCUAAGUGUUUACUGAGACGCCAGUAUAUCCAAUUGUCUAAGUGCCUUUGUCCGUGAAAGUUAUGAACCAGUUAGCGGGACCUACUGAGCCUGUCAAAUGAAGUUUUAUAUGGUACAUUUCUAGAAUAAUCAAUGCCUUUUUAUUGAAAUGUUGUAGACUUUGUGUGUUUAUGAAUCAUUUUCCUUUACCAGCCAAGAACAUGUUGCAAUAAGAAGCAACAGCUGUUUACAUUCAAAGAGCCUUCAGCUGACUUCACCAAUUUUACAGUUACAGUUUAUUAGCUGGUGAUGCCAACACAUUAGGAGAGGUCACAGGUAGCAUCAUUGUGAAAUACCAGAUCUGCAGUGAUGACUACAGUGGAUCACUAUCUCUGAAGUACAGUAUGUAACCAAGUCAUGAUAUAUGGCCAAUGUGGGUCUCUUUCUCAGGUGCGAGUAUAGCCCAGUGUGGUUUGUGAUUGAAUCUCUCUCCCGGACAUCUUAUUGUUUCCAGCUGAUUUUCAAAGCUUGGUAGCUAAUGUUGAGUUUCUCUCUGAGAAUAAGUGCAAAAGCAAAUCGCAUUACAUUUAAUUUGAAAUGCAAUGGCAGAUGUAUACGUUCAAAAUCUAGAAGUCAGUAAUUUCACUUGGUGAGUUUUAAAAGCCAGGCCCAUAGUGUCCUGGGGUUACUCUACAGUAGAUAGUGUGUUUUUAAGGGUUGGAUUUAAAAGCCUGUUGUGUUAAAAAUGAAGGUAAGGCACAUAGUAAACCUCUGUAAAAUCUGUUUAAGAAGUCUGUGUAUAGUAAUUUACAACUACUGUGAAAUGUACUAAUAAAUAUAUAUAUAUAUUUA